AUAUUUCAACAAGUACGACGCGAUAGAUAUGGACGAGAGAAGAGCUGCGCUGACCUUGCUGGUGCGCUCAAGACGAAGGCAGAGAAAGAGGAUGCUGCUCGGAAGAUUGAGCAGCUAAACGCUGAGCUUGAACCUCUACAGAGAGAGGAGUGGGAGCUGUCAGAGUCUAUGAGGAGGACAGGGCUGCGCAACAAGCCUGGCAGAAAACCUCAAUGGAGAUGGACAGAGAAUACAGGCAAGCUGGUGCGUAAGCCUGGAGGUGGUAUAGACUGGUGGAGAUAUCAGAACUGUAUUCUGAUACCAAAGCUGAUUCCUUUCGCCAAAGAGUGCCUCCAAGAUAGACCUCAGACUGUCGUGAUGGAAGAUAAGGCACCUGCCCACGCCCACCACUAUCAGAGUGUGAUCUAUAGUCUGCACGACGUCGAGAGACUACUCUGGUGUGGCAACUCGCCAGACUGUAACUGUAUUGAGCCGUGCUGGUUCUAUAUAAAGAGAGAGACUACGAAGAAAGGAGCUCCACAGUCAAGGGCUGAGGCAGUUAGAGUCUAG